AAAAAAAAAAAGGCUGAGCUUCCCCCACACGGCUGGUAUGUGUUCCUCCUUAUGGACAUUGAGGAUGGAGUAGCUUCAUUUCCCAUUUUUCUUUGGCCACCAAGAGGCCCAGCACUAAAGGCGCAGCCCUUCUCUACCAGCUGUGCGAAGACUCAUUGACCUACUCAUGUGAAUUUUUACUUCCUUGCUGGUUGAGAUUUUCUUCAGAUUUGGGUUUUCUCUGCUCCUGAUUUUAAUGUUUAUAUUUCACUACUUUCUUUUCUUCAUGUCUCCCCACCCUUUAUGGAACCAGGCUGGGGGUAUGUAAAAACACUCCACAGGUAAACACCCAUGAAGUCAUCUUCACAGCUGCUUGGUUGGGCAUGUUGCACUUUUUGCUUCCUCAGCUUCGUGAGACUGUUUGUGUGGUCAUAACCCACUGGUCCGCUACAACAUGCCUGAGGCUCUGAAGAGCGGCCAUUCCUCAGAUUCGAAGCUGAAAACAUCUCCAACUACACAGCCCUUCUGCUGAGCAGGGAUGGCAGGACCCUGUACGUGGGUGCUCGAGAGGCCCUCUUUGCCCUCAAUAGCAACCUCAGCUUCCUGCCAGGCGGGGAGUACCAGGAGCUGCUUUGGGGUGCAGAUGCAGAGAAGAAACAGCAGUGCAGCUUCAAGGGCAAGGACCCACAGCGCGACUGUCAAAACUACAUCAAGAUCCUCUUGCCACUCAGCAGCAGUCACCUGUUCACCUGUGGCACAGCAGCCUUCAGCCCCAUGUGUACCUACAUCAAUGUGGAGAACUUCACCCUGGCAAGGGAUGAGAAGGGGAAUGUCCUCCUGGAAGAUGGCAAGGGCCGUUGUCCCUUCGACCCGAAUUUCAAGUCCACGGCCCUGGUGGUUGAUGGCGAGCUCUACACUGGAACAGUCAGCAGCUUCCAAGGGAAUGACCCGGCCAUCUCCCGGAGCCAAAGCCUUCGCCCUACCAAGACCGAGAGCUCCCUCAACUGGCUGCAAGACCCAGCUUUUGUGGCCUCAGCCUACGUUCCUGAGAGCCUGGGCAGCUUGCAAGGCGAUGAUGACAAGAUCUACUUUUUCUUCAGCGAGACUGGCCAGGAAUUUGAGUUCUUUGAGAACACCAUUGUGUCCCGCAUUGCCCGCAUCUGCAAGGGCGAUGAGGGUGGAGAGCGGGUGCUGCAGCAGCGCUGGACCUCCUUCCUCAAGGCCCAGCUGCUGUGCUCACGGCCCGACGACGGCUUCCCCUUCAACGUGCUGCAGGACGUCUUCACGCUGAGCCCCAGCCCCCAGGACUGGCGUGACACCCUUUUCUAUGGGGUCUUCACUUCCCAGUGGCACAGGGGAACUACAGAAGGCUCUGCCGUCUGUGUCUUCACCAUGAAGGACGUGCAGAGGGUCUUCAGUGGCCUCUACAAGGAGGUGAACCGUGAGACGCAGCAGUGGUACACCGUGACCCACCCGGUGCCCACACCCCGGCCUGGAGCGUGCAUCACCAACAGUGCCCGGGAAAGGAAGAUCAACUCAUCCCUGCAGCUCCCAGAUCGCGUGCUGAACUUCCUCAAGGACCACUUCCUGAUGGACGGACAGGUCCGAAGCCGCAUGCUGCUGCUGCAGCCCCAGGCUCGCUACCAGCGCGUGGCUGUACACCGCGUCCCUGGCCUGCACCACACCUACGAUGUCCUCUUCCUGGGCACUGGUAAGUGUCUGCAGCCCAGCAGGCUCGGGGAAGGGGUGCACGUGGCUGGUGGGUCAUGGGCGGUGGGCUCCACUCAGGGCCUGAGUCCCGUCUACACCGCAGGUGACGGCCGGCUACACAAGGUGGUGAGUGUGGGCCCCCGGGUGCACAUCAUUGAGGAGCUGCAGAUCUUCUCAUCGGGACAGCCCGUGCAGAAUCUGCUCCUGGACACCCACAGGGAGCUGCUGUAUGCAGCCUCACACUCGGGCGUAGUCCAGGUGCCCAUGGCCAACUGCAGCCUGUACCGGAGCUGUGGGGACUGCCUCCUCGCCCGGGACCCCUACUGUGCUUGGAGCGGCUCCAGCUGCAAGCACGUCAGCCUCUACCAGCCUGAGCUGGCCGCCAGGCCGUGGAUCCAGGAUAUCGAGGGAGCCAGUGCCAAGGACCUUUGCAGCGCGUCUUCGGUUGCGUCCCUGUCUUUUGUACCAACAGGUGAGAAGCCAUGUGAGCAAGUCCAGUUCCAGCCCAACACAGUGAACACUUUGGCCUGCCCGCUCCUCUCCAACCUGGCGACCCGACUCUGGCUGCACAACGGGGCCCCUGUCAAUGCCUCGGCCUCCUGCCACAUGCUACCCACUGGGGACUUGCUGCUGGUGGGCACCCAACAGCUGGGGGAGUUCCAGUGCUGGUCACUAGAGGAGGGCUUCCAGCAGCUGGUAGCCAGCUACUGCCCAGAGGUGGUGGAGGACGGGGUGGCAGACCAAACAGAUCAGGGUGGCAAUGUACCCGUCAUUAUCAGCACAUCACGUGUGAGUGCACCAGCUGGUGGCAAGGCCAGCUGGAGUGCAGACAAGUCCUACUGGAAAGAGUUCCUGGUGAUGUGCACGCUCUUUGUGCUAGCCGUGCUGUUCCCAGUUUUAUUCUUGCUCUACCGGCACCGGAACAGCAUGAAAGUCUUCCUGAAGCAGGGGGAAUGUGCCAGCGUGCACCCCAAGACCUGCCCUGUGGUACUGCCCCCCGAGACCCGCCCACUCAACGGCCUAGGCCCCCCUAGCACCCCACUUGAUCACCGAGGGUACCAGGCCCUGUCAGACAGCCCCCCGGGGGCCCGAAUCUUCACCGAGUCAGAGAAGAGGCCACUCAGCAUCCAAGACAGCUUCGUGGAGGUGUCCCCAGUGUGCCCCCGGCCCCGGGUCCGCCUUGGCUCGGAGAUCCGUGACUCUGUGGUGUGAGAGUCGACUUCCAGAGGACGCUGCCGUGGCUUCAGGGGCUGUGAAUGCUCGGAGAGGGUCAACUGGACCUCCCGUCCGCUCUGCUCUUCGUGGAAUACAACCGUGGUGCCCAGCCCUUGGGAGCCUUGGAGCCAGCUGGCCUGCUGCUUUCCAGUCAAGUAGCGAGGCUCCUACCACCCAGACACCCAAACAGCCAUGGCUCCAGAGGUCCUGGCCAAAUAUGGGGGCCUGCCUAGGUUGGUGGAACAGUGCUCUUUAUGUAAACUGAGCCCUUUGUUUAAAAAACAAUUCAAAAUGUGAAACUAGAGUGAGAGGGAAGAGAUAGCACGGAGUGCAGCACACACGGCCGCUCCAGUUCAUGGCCUCCCAGGGGUGCUGGGGAUGCAUCCAAAGUGGUUUGAGACAGAGUUGGAAACUCUCACCAACUGGCCUCUUCACCUUCCCCCUUAUCCCACUGCCACCAGCUGCCCUGUCUCACUGCAGAUUCAGGACCAGCUUGGGCUCCGUGCGUUCUGCCUUGCCAGCCAGCCGAGGAUGUAGUUGUUGCUGCCGUCAUCCCACCACCUCAGGGACCAGAGGGCUAGGUUGGCACUGCGGCCCUCACCAAGUCCUGGGCUCGGACCCAACUCCUGGACCUUUCUGGCCUGUAUCAGGCUGUGGCCACACGAGAGGACAGCGUGAGCUCAGGAGAGACUUAGUGACAAUGUACGCCUUUCCCUCAGAAUUCAAGGAAGAGACUGUUGCCUGCCUUCCUCCAUGUUAGCGUGGAACCUGUGUGUCCAUUCCCACCAUAUCCACCCUCGCUCCAUCUUUGAACUCAAACACAAGGAACUAACUGUACCCUGGUCCUCUCCCCAGUUCCUAAUUCACCCGAUCCCUCACCUUCCUCCACUCUAAGGGAUAUCAACACUGCCCAGCACAGGAGCCCUGAAUUUAUGUGGUUUUUAUAUAUUUUUUAAUAAGAUGCACUUUAUGUCAUUUUUUAAUAAAUCUGAAGAAUUAUUGUUUAA